GGGAAAGGUAAAUUUCUAUCAGGUGAAAAAACGGCUCACCUGUUUGUCACCGUGUGACAGGUACUGGUCAGUUUUCACACAUACACACCUCAGCCGGACAUAAUGGUCAGACGAACUGACCGGCGGUGAGGCCAUAUAUCGAGGAUAGGGACUGUACCUGGCGUACGUGUGACGGAAGAUGAGUAAAAAACCGGAGCUGUUCAGCAGGAAGAAGGCCAAAGCGCCCGAGUCUCCGUCUGUUGUACCCCAGGGUUACCAAUGGAGCAACCAAGCUUACACCCUCAAAGACAUACUCCGUAAAUUCAAGCUUCCCUGUGUGGUGAAAUGUAACGUGUCCAGCUGCUCCCUGCUAUGGGAGAACUUCUCUUUCGAUAUGAGACAGCCUUUAAUGCUGUUCUCAGUCCGGAAAGUCAGGAAAGUGUACGCCCGGACAUUACAAGUGGACCCCACCUCGUCCCAGUACGUUCAGUAUGGUCCGGCCAUCGUCAUACCUGAGGACUAUGCAGGUUGGUUUUCUACGGCUAGCGCGGAGAAGGAGGGUACGCCAGUCCACACCAGUCCAGAGCAGCUCAUCAAAAAUGGCGUCCGCAGUUUCCUAAACACUACUCACGUGGCGUCGCUGCAAAUGCAAACGUCGCUAGAUGGCGCUGUUCGGUUCACUCAGCGGACUCUUAAUCCCGGAGAAGUACUCAAGGUGGGGAAGGUUUACAUCGGUGGAGUCACGGAGGAGAAAAAAUGGAAACUGCCCCUCAACAAAACGUCCAAGGAAAAACAUAAAGAAAUAAAAUAUCUUCUAUGCUACGACGACAAAGACUGGGAAAUUUUAAUACCGUUUGGCGCGAACUGCAGGUUUUACGAAACCUCCACGGAAAAUAACAAUAAACCCACCGGGUCUUCCGUCGUCAAAAUGAACGACGUUUUGGACACGCAAAAAUUCCCGGCGCUUGCGCAGAUGAUAUUCGGGGAACUUCCGGCCUUGAUGUGUUAUUUCACGGGGUCCCUGCACUUGCUCGACAAAUUCGAGGAGGAGACAGUUGUGGCCGCCACGCUUGGUGAAGAAGUGAACAUGAUGUUUGAGAUUGGCGUGGCCUCGUCCAUACGCUAUAAUCUCGCACUGAACGAGAAUCACAUACAGAACAGCGACGCCUACCGACGAGCGGCGUCAAUGUGUAAAUCAGAUUUACAGAGUUACGUGUCAAACAUGAAACUGGCUUUUACACUGAAACCGGAACUGGAGGAGUUGGAUGACCUGAACUAUGAUUUUUACGACCUGGAUAGUAUCCCGAGUUACCGAGGGGACGACGAUGACAGCAUACACUCCACUACCAGCGAGAAUCUUCACGUGAAACCAAUCGACAACAACAACGGGUUUAAUCGAUCAUCCACAUCCAAUUUACAAACGUUUACAUACGAUACUGUGUCCAUAUGAACAAAAUAACAUAUUGCCCAGAACGACCUGAAGGUGGUUCUUUUGAGAUUUGAUGUAUAUCUUUUUUACUGAAAUAUUUUCUUGUUUGGUUUAAAAUCUAUCAGACAAAUACAAGGUUCAUGUUAUAGUCGAUUCCAGUACAGGUCUCAUCAUGUAAUUAUACCAGUACAAACCUAUUUUGAAAAAACACGACAAGCAAAUUGGUUUUCUGUUUCACUGCAUGCAUGAAGCAAGCUAAAGUAGUUUCUCGGAGAAAAGUUCGAAAUGAAAUGACAAGGAACACACCUUUCUCCAAGUAACAAGCCAAAACGCGCAGAAGUUGAAAAAUCCUGCAAAAAUUUGAUGUCGGCUCACAUGCACAUCUCAGUUUAGGUGAAUGGCCAAUGUUAAAAGAUAGGAUAGACAGACAUAUAGACAGAGCAACUUAUAGAGCUGUUUGUCGCAUCUAAUAAUAAUUUAUAAUUGAUAAUUUACAAUUAUUAAUAGUGGUAAAAUAACUACCAUAGUUCGCCAUGCUACCAUAAAAUGUCCUCAUUAUUGUUUUGACCACCACAUGAGCAACACGUAUUGUUCGUUUAAACUCACUCUGUGUAGGCCUAUGCAAGGAGUCUCUGUUGCCAUAGUCAACGGAAUAUCAAAAUAUUUCUUUCAUAACAGAAAAUAGCGACAACAAGCGAAUUUUCAGAAACCAGCAAGCUUUAGGCAAUACCUGAAAUUUCAAAAGUUGGCCUCAUGGGCAACCAAAGACUUUGUCGACCCUUUCGCAUAUUAAAUCGGAAACAUUAAAUCGAAAUCGUGUUCUUCAGUGUUUAAAGCAAUUCGUUUGACUCGAAGCAAAAGACGUGACUGUUUGAAGUUUUGUUGGACCAGCGACAUGUUACUUUGUCUAACGGCUCAUUUCUACACAAAGCUCUAUUGAGAGGGUCAGUGUCGUGUAGGCUGUAAAUGGUAUGGAGUUAUAAAUAAUGCAUGACACGUGCGACAGACUGACACAGUCACUCUCAGGGAGGUAGUUUCAUAUCAAGACAUGUAUAUAAUGUACGUAUCUAUAUAUAUCCCAUACCUACCUGCCUUAGUCAAUUCAUUACAUGAUAUUUCCAUUACGGGGACUUGCUUGUGAAAUCUAACCCACCUUUGUGGAUUAUUUGUGUACAGAAGCUCUUUGUUUUACGGGAUUUUUUUUUCUUCUUCAGGUGUAUACGAGUUAGACAGUAACACGUUUACCUCGUUAAGUAAGGAUUUAAAAAUACGUUAAUGGAUUCAUUUAUUCUAACGCCUGCGCUAUGACUGUCUCUCUUUGUGAUGAGACAGCGCGUUAAGCGAUCUCCCUUUGCCCGUAAUGCUCUUACGAUAUAAUUCUGUAAUGGUUCAGUUAAAACGGAUAUAUUUCUGAAGAAGAAGAAAAAAGAUACGAUCUUGUCGCAUAAUCGGCGGUUUUUCAUUUUUUUAUUUGUUAUGCUUUACUUAGUCAAAACUAAACGGAAUGUCUGUUGUCUGAGUGAUACUGGAAUGUAUUCUGUUA